AUGAACGAGCUCAGCUGCGUUAUCCGUGCCAAAAGCCAGGGCGCGAGGGUCGUCCACGAUACGAGGAAUUCGGGAUUCCAGCUAGACUUCAACAACAACACAGAAGACUGGAUGAAGCUUACGCCGUACAACAAGCUGAAAAUGAUACGCGGCAUGUAUCGAACAAUUGAGAAGUCCGAGAGUGAAGAGAAACAUAUAAACGGGCUCUUUUUCCUGGAAGUCCCACACCAUGCUGAUGGCGUGUUGAAGCACGUCACUGAUAACGUCAAAGAUCAGGUCUCGAAAGAUCUGUAUAUUCCAUGGCAUCAGAUUAAGCCAGUCGAGUUUGAGGAAUGGUGA